GCUCAUGUCUCCGCCCUUACAGUGGGAAGGUAGGCGACAACCUUGGGUCAAAAAUAAGCCCAUAUAAACGCGUUGGCCUAGUUUCGGACAGAGUUAGGGGAGAGUGAAACCCUCUUUAUUUUUUCGACUUAGUAGCUAUCUAGCAAACGUUCCUUCUGUACAAAUGUCUAAAAUAGAGUUAUUGAGAGUGUUUCUAAACCAGAGAUUGAUAGCGGCAGCUGAUGAGAUAUUUGGUGUCGUUGAAGAAACGUUAGCAGAGUACCAGGAAGAGGUUUCUCGCACAAAGGAGGAGAACAGGCGUCUACUGAUCACGCUUGAUAUCCUUACUAAGCCAGAUAACAAGUUACAUAGACAAGAAGACCUCCAGCAGCUCCCUGUCACUGUGUCUGAUGAGGUGGUUUCACCUGAGCAGCAGGAGUGGAUCCCCAGUCUGGGGCAGAAGGACACAGAACCCACACGGAUGAAAGAUGAACAGGAUGAACCAAGGACCAGUCAGGAGGAAGAGAAUCAUUUCAAUGAGUUUAUCAAUUCUUACGGCUGUGUAUCAAGUAGCUAUUAUCAGGACCCAACUCAGUCCUCACAUGGAGAGAGAUACUCUCUACCCAGCACCUCAACUGAACAGAUCAAAACAGAACCUUAUGUAGAAGACUAUGGUGUAUCAGAACCAACCAGAGAGCCCCAGCCCUUCUCUGCAGUAGAUACAGAGUGUUCUGCAGCUCAGAGUGAAAACAGAGGACAUAUUGACAGGAUGGAGUGUGGAGGACCUCUGUCAGGUCUAAUGUUAAAGCCACUCAAAUCAAAGAGAACAAAGACAGUAAAAGGACAAGGUUGUCAUAGUGUUAAGGACAGGAAAUUGAACCAUCUAAAAUCACACUCGAGACCCAGUGUAAGCUGGGAUGCUGCUCCUAGUUGUAAGGUAUGUGGAAAGCAAUUUGACUCCAUGGCGUCUUUAUUAAAUCAUGUGCAAGUGCACACACAGGAUAAAGAACAUCUUUGUGGUGUGUGUGGAAAAUUCUGUCAAUCCACAGAAAAUAUGAUAGAUCACCUACAAACUCACAUCGGAGCAAAGUGUUGUCAUGUUUGCGGUAAAUAUUUUGCUUGGGAUGCUUUCCUGAAAAGGCAUUUGAGGAGUCAUACAGGGGAGAAGCCAUUUCGCUGUCAUCAUUGUGGCAAAGGUUUCAGUCAGAGUGGAAACCUGGCUGUGCAUAUGAAGAGCCACUCUGGGGAGAAACCACAUCGCUGCCCUGUUUGUGGCAAAUGUUUCAGCAGAAACCCUGAUCUUACAGUGCACAUCAGGACUCAUACAGGAGUGGAACCAUAUAAGGGCAGUAUUGUGGCCAAGGAUUCAAGCAGAAUUAUCACCGGAAACUACACAUGAAGAUCCACUUGGGAAAACCAUAUCAUUGCCAUCUUUGUGACAUGUAUUUCAGCACUAGCACCCAGUCUAGGGCGUGACCCCUACUAUUCUCUAUUUUGGUUUGGUCAGGGUGUGAUUUGGGUGGGCAUUCUAUGUCCUUUUUCUAUGUUUUGUAUUUCUUUGUUUUGGCCAGGUAUGGUUCUCAAUCAGGGACAGCUGUCUAUCAUUGUCUCUGAUUGGGAAUCAUACUUAGGCAGCCUCUUUUGCCACAUUAGUUGUGGGUAGUUGUCUUUGUUUGUGGCCUGUAUAGCCCAAGUUGUGGUCGUUUUUGUUGGAGACAUUCUUAAUAAAAAUAAAUGUACGCUUACCACGCUGCACCUUGGUCCGGUCAUUUCCCUGACGACGAUCGUGACACAGUCAACCUGGCAUGAGAUUUCACAUGGAAGAGAAGGCUGGCAGAGGCUUUGCAUAGACUGGAAGUUUGGGAGGACAUAUAAUGACAAUGCACAGAAUACUUUAGUGUAGAAAAUACUGACUGUAGACCUGGUUUGUGAUACAUGUUUCACUCAGCCGCUUUAUUGAGGAAAGUUUUUACAUGCAGUGACUGUUAAUAUGUGGUUGUUUUACCUGUUUUGAAUGUACUGACUGUAAGUCACUCUGGGUAAGACAAUGCAAUUAUGUUUCACUGUUAGUCUACACCUGUUGCUUACAAAGUGUGUCACAAAAAGACAAUUGAUUUGAUUUGAUUUCUGCUAAAUGCUUCAAAUGGAUGAAGUCCCCCAGAAGGUCUGAGAACAUUCACAAGAGGGAGAAACCAUAAUAACAACCCGCUGAAAAACCUCCUGACAACACGGCAGUUGUCCCCUGUGUAGGGAGAGUGUUUCAGACAGUACAAGAGGUGCAUUAAAACAUGUCGUUCUCUCAA